CUUGAAUUUGGUCACACUUAGUUUCCAGGUUGAGCAAACUGAGAAAAUGACCUUACUAUACAAUGCUAUAAAUAUGAGAUACAGUAUAGAACUUAUGUCAAAGUAAAAACAAGUAUCGAGUAACGUAAAAUAUUAUUAACUUGAGGAAUUUUAAGAAUUACAAUUCUAUUUUAAAGAAGAUUAAUCAAUAGUACAAUCAAGAUGGGUAAACGGCAGCAUCAGAAAGAUAAAAUGUAUUUAACAUAUACAGAAUGGACAACAUUAUAUGGUGGCAAAAAAGGUGGAACUUCUGAACAAAGUGAAGAUACAACAUUUCGUCGCUUACCUUAUGAUCAUUGUUGUUUAACUCUACAACCUUUUCAACAUCCUUAUUCUGAUCCAGAAGGAAACAUUUUUGAACUAGAAGCAAUAUUGGAAUAUAUAAAAAGAUAUAAGCAUAAUCCUGUUACAGGCAAACCAUUAGAUCCAAAAACUUUAAUAAAACUUAACUUUCAUAAAAAUUCAGAAGGGCAAUAUCAUUGUCCAGUUCUUUUCAAACUAUUUACCAAGCAUUCUCAUAUUGUUGCUAUCAAAACAAGUGGAAAUGUAUUUUCACAUGAGGCUGUGGAACAAUUAAAUAUAAAGACACGUAAUUGGAAAGAUUUAAUAAGUGAUGAACCUUUUGCAAGGAAGGAUAUCAUUACCAUACAAGAUCCAAAUUAUGCAAUGAAAUUUAAUUUAUCUACAUUUCAUCAUAUUAAAAAUAAUAUAAAACUUGAAGAUGAAGAAAUUAUAAAAGACCGUAAUAAUCCAAAUGCAAAAUUGAAAACUGUAUCUAUGGAAACCAAAGAAAUAUUAGCAGAAUUAAAUAGGGAUUAUAAACAAAUUGAAACUAAACAAGAAGUUUCCAAGCCAAAAGCGGAUAAAUUUAAUGCGGCACACUACUCUACUGGUGCAGUAGCAGCUGGUUUUACAUCAACAGUAAUGCCAACAGAAACUACACAUCAAGCAGCAGUUAUUGCAGAAGAUUUAGUACGAUAUGAAAGAGUUAAAAAGAAAGGAUAUGUAAGAUUGCUCACAAAUUUUGGUGCUUUAAAUCUAGAACUUCAUUGUGAUCUUGUUCCAAAAACUUGUGAAAAUUUUAUAAGACACUGUCAAAAUGGUUACUAUGAUGGAACAAAAUUUCAUAGGUCUAUACGGAAUUUCAUGAUACAAGGAGGUGACCCUACUAACACUGGCAAUGGGGGAACAUCUAUUUGGGGUAAAACAUUCGAAGAUGAAUUCAAGCCAAAUCUGAUUCAUCAAGGAAGAGGAAUUUUAUCAAUGGCGAAUUCUGGAUCAAAUACAAAUGGAUCGCAAUUUUUCAUUACGUUUCGAUCGUGCAGACAUUUAGACCGUAAGCACACUGUCUUUGGAAAGAUAGUAGGUGGACUCGAAACGUUAAAUGCUAUUGAAAAAAUUGAAGUAGAUAACAAAGACAAGCCGAUAGAAGAUAUAAUAAUACAAAGGGCGCAAGUCUUUGUCGAUCCUUUUCAAGAAGCAGACGAACAAUUAACUGCUGAACGUACGGCUGAAACUGAGCGAUUGGCUCAAGAAGCUGCGAAAAAUAAAUCAGAUAAUAAAACGGGAAAGAAUGAUAUAUUAAAAGUAUAUAGGUCCGGUGUAGGAAAAUACAUAAGAAUGGACAAAGAAGAAAACAAGGUGGAAAAAGAGGAGUCGAAUAUAGCAUCUACAGUCAAAAAGAGAAAAAUUGCAAGCUCAUUUGGUGAUUUUUCUUCUUGGUAG